AUGUUUCAUGCUCGUAUUAAAAAGAUUAUGCAAGCUGAUGAGGAUGUUGGCAAGAUAGCUUUGGCAGUGCCUGUCUUAGUCUCAAAAUCUUUGGAGUUGUUCUUGCAAGACCUUUGCGAUCGUACAUAUGAGAUAACUCUCGAAAGAGGAGCCAAAACCGUGAGCUCAUUGCACCUGAAACAUUGCGUGGAACGAUAUAACGUGUUUGAUUUUCUGAGGGAAGUUGUGAGCAAGGUGCCUGACUAUGGCCAUGCGCAAGGGCAUGGUGAUGUUACUAUGGAUGAUCGCACCAUCUCCAAGAGAAGGAAGCCUAUCAGUGACGAAGUGAAUGACAGCGACGAGGAAUAUAAGAAAAGCAAAACGCAAGAGAUUGGGAAUGCUAAGCCCAGUGGAAGGGGUGGAAGAGGGAGAGGACGAGGAAGAGGUCGUGGUGGACGAGCUGCAAGAGCAGCCGAACGAGAGAAUCUGAACCGCGAGAUGGAACUCGAGACCGCCAUGGUGGAACAGCCGCCUCCUCAAGACAGUAUCCAAAUGCAUGUGUCGGAGUCAUCACCACAAGAGAAUGAAAAGAAGGAUGUCGAUGGCGGCAUUGCAGCAUCAAACGAAGACACCAAGCAGCCACUUGAAAGUCCAAAAGAAGGCAUUGACUUUGAUCUCAAUGCUGAAUCUCUCGACCUAAACGAGACCAAACUGGCCCCAGUUCCAGGCAGAGACACAGCCACGGUCUCAGAGGAAUAUCCAGGCUGGCCUCCUAUGAUGGAGUUGGGCAAAAUAGAUCCAGCACAGCUUGCAAGUUUGGGUAAGAGGAUAGACGAGGACGAUGAAGAUUAUGAUGAAGAAGGCUAA